AUGUCUACAAAUUACCGAUCAGAUCGACUAGCCAAAUACUUUGCGGCUGUUCUUCAUGGGAAACAAGAGGUCCGAGAUCUUAACGACUUCAAGAAGCUCAUAGAAGCUAUUCUGGACACGAAGAAUCCUUGUCUGACUGUUGAGAGACUGAUAGCCAGCCAAAAUGCCCUGAAUGCGCUGCAAAUGGGUUUGAGGUUCAACCUCACACCAAGUUUUACUAACAACUAUACAUCAAAGUUCAUCAAUUUUUUAAGCAGCCCAGGGAUCAAACUUUUAUGCAAUGGUCUCUUCCUUACACAGCUCCUUCUUAUUAUCUGGGAACCUCGGUCACUCUGGAACUCGCUUUUAAAUGCCUUUCACGCCCGACAACUGGAUGAAAAUGCUACCCGAGCCUUCUGUUGGCUGACCACAGAGCUCCUGUCAUUGCCAACUUCGUCCGCGGUAGAUAUAGUGCCCGAUUCCCGGACUAUACUGAGUGAUGGAUAUCUUCUUUCAUCAUCUUCGAAUGCACUACGCAAUAUGGGACAAAAGAUCAAGUAUCUCAUCGAUAUGAAAUCUUCCGCAUCCACUCUGCUUACAUCUGAAGAGACGGCGGGUGGUCGCCAUGAUAACGAUUUCACCGACUUCCGUCUAAUGGCAGUCUUUCCUACGACGGGUGAGAUGUGCUGUACCGAUAAACCUUUCUAUCGACGCGCGGAUGAGAUUAUAGAGCUCUCUGGCAGCCAACGUAUCGCUGCGCAUGUGGACAACCAGUUCCGACUUUUACGUGAAGAUAUGUUAUCAGCACUGCGUGAUGAUAUUCAGAUUGCUACAGGCGCGAAAAAAGGACGACGAUCCGCUCUACGCCUCAAAGGGCUCUCUUUGGCUCAUAUCUCGUGUACCUCAAAAAAUCAGAAAUACCUCCGUCCAUGUACCGUUGGCGUCACUGCCAGGUCAGGCCUGGAAAGGCUGAAAGAUCUCUCCGCAGAGAAUGCGAAGGAAUAUCUUAGAAGUAACACGCAGUUUGUCAAACACCGCGCCUUUGGAUGCUUUUUACGGAAUACAGAAAUUGUGGCCUUUGCUACGAUUGAAAGAAACAUCGACGAUCUGUUAUCUACUCCACCAGUAGUCAUGCUCCGAGUCGCAGGAGAAGAAGCUGUGAGGAAGGCCAUUCUCUUUCUCAAGCUUUACGACGACGUCGAGUUUCUGGUGGUUGAUACAGCGACGUUUGCCUAUGAGCCAAUUCUGAGAUGCCUGCAGACGAGAUUUGAGUUUCCUCUUACCAAAGAGUUGUUUCUUUACAAAAGAGGUGAUCCGGUGGAAAACUCCUCAUUGGCACCUUGGAAUGUAAUUAACAAGCUUCACGAAAACUGUCGACCUAAUAUUCAGACAAUUCUGGGGACAGCGAAACCGGUUGCAUUGGAUAGGUCCCAAUCUGAGUCUCUAUUGGCAGGAUUGACUCAAAGGGUCAGGGCACUUUUGGCCAAGAUUCUUCAUGAUCAAACCAAUGAUAAGAUAUUGGUGAUGUGCUACACUAACCACGCUUUGGAUCAGUUUUUGGAAGACUUGCUGGAUAUCGGCAUUGGCCCUUCCAAUAUCGUUAGAUUGGGGUCCAAGUCAACAGGUAGAACCCAGCCACUAAGCCUCCAAGAGCAAAAUUUCACCAGACGAAGGUCUCAGUCAACAUGGUACACCAUCAAUGCUCUCGAAAGCCAGGGUGAGGAGCUACGAAGCGCUAUUGACAGCUCCUUCGCAGCAUUUCAGAAGCUUUCAGCGGAUUCGUCAGCAAUUUUAGAUUAUCUGGAGUUUGAAGCGCCUGAAUUUUUUGAGGCCUUUACGAUACCCGAGGAUGAAGAUGGAAUGAGCGCGGCAGACAGAGAUGGAAAGGCAAUCAAGAAAGGCUACCUUUAUGACCGUUGGAUCAGAGGACAGGCUGCAAAGCCGUUCGUUGAGCUCUUGCCGGCUGGAAGCCAACAUAUAUGGGCGUUGGAGCAGAAAAUCCGAGAUGAGAAGAUUCAGUCGUGGAAGCAGGCUUUGUUAACUGAGCAAGCUGCAUCUCUCGCAGCACAGAUGGAAUUGCUUGACAAAUGCCACGAGAAGCUAUCCACGGCUUUACGGGAGAAAACACGCGAAAUCCUGGAAAGAAAAAGAAUCAUAGGGUGUACGACAACGGCAGCAGCAAUGCAUGCCGACGAUCUCAAGAAUGCAUCACCCGGGAUUGUGCUAUUGGAAGAGGCAGGCGAAAUUCUAGAGUCUCACGUUCUUACUGCGAUAUCCCCAGCCACGAAGCAUUUGGUACUUAUUGGGGACCAUUUGCAACUUCGGCCAAAAAUCAACAACUAUGCCCUGAGCAUGGAAAAGGGAGAUGGAUAUGACCUGAACGUUUCUCUUUUUGAAAGACUUAUUCACGCGGGGUACCCUCAUACCACAUUACAGAAGCAGCAUCGAAUGUGCCCUGAGAUUUCGAGUCUCGUACGAACUCUCACUUACCCUCUUUUAGAGGACGGAGAAAACACGAAAAAUCGCCCUGAGCCACGAGGGUUAUCCGACCGCGUGAUUUUCUUCAAUCAUCAAAACCUUGAAGAAAGCUUGUCGGGGGUCUCUGAUCGACGGGAUGAGGGAGCAAAGCAGUCUAAGCAAAACCUUUUUGAGGCGGAGGUCGUCUUGAAGAUCGUGAAAUAUCUUGGACAGCAGGGAUACGGGACUGACAAGCUCGUCGUCCUCACGCCAUAUCUCGGUCAACUUUCGCUUUUGCGCCAGACAUUGAGCAAGCAGAAUGAUCCGGUCUUGAACGACCUUGACUCUUAUGAUCUAGUACAAGCGGGCUUGCUAUCACAUGCGGCUGCUAGUCAUUCCAAGCGACCGAUCAAGCUCUCUACCAUUGACAAUUACCAAGGAGAGGAAAGCGAGAUAGUAAUAGCGUCACUCACGCGAAGUAACAAGUGUGGUGAUAUAGGGUUCAUGGCAACUCCAGAACGACUGAACGUGCUUCUCUCUCGUGCCCGAAGUGUACUUAUCAUGGUGGGCAAUUCGCAGACAUUCGUCUCUAGCCGCAAGGGGCAACGAUGUUGGAGGCCACUGAUUGAUCAGCUCAAAGACAAUGGACAUCUUUAUGAUGGAUUGCCGGUUCAAUGUGAGCAGCAUCCUGACAAGACUGCUGUACUUCGGACCAUGGAGGACUUUGACAGAGAGGUCCCGGAUGUCUCUUCUCUAUCUCUAAGUACGCUGCUUUCGAUCAAGCGACAUUACUGCCAAGAACCCUCCAACAUUUAUCAUUUUCAGACUAACGUUGUUCGUUCUGAAAGUGGUAUUAAACUAAGCUGCGGAGCCCACGAGUGCCCAUCCAAAUGCCAUCCACUGAAUGAUCACUCUAGAAUGAGGUGCACCAAGAUCGUCAAAUGGACAUGCCCCCGUGGUCAUACAUUGUCUUUACCAUGCUCAAUGGCCAAGGGUUCAUGCCGCUUCUGUAUUCAGGAAGACAAUAUAAAGAAGCGAAAGCACGACCGAGAUAUGGAGCUCGAGGCAGAGCGACAAAGAAAGCAAUCUUUAUACGCUCAGCAAAUUGCCGAGCUUCAGAGCGAAGCUGCACAUUUGCGACGUCUUAAAAGCGACGUGUGGGUAGAUGCAGAGCGAAAAAGAGUUCUUGAGCAGCAUCGCGAUGAAAUCAAGGAGCUGCAAACGCCCCAGUCUGAAAGCACCACCGGUAGCCAAAGCGGCCGGGAAAAAGUACCUAUGCCAAUUGAACCAGGGCCAAGGCCCUCUACGCCUCAAGGGAUUAGGGAGCGGGGGAUUCGAUCUGACAAUCCUAGCGACGACCCCAGUGUAAAGCCCGAGGCCCGUGAGAUCAUGCCUAAGAAGUCUGCCUCGAAGGCCAAGGCCGAUUGGGACUACCAGAAAUUAUACUUCAAUUCCCAGAGUCCAGAAAUUGACGCUUUGAUGGAUAUGGUCGGACUGGAGUCAGUGAAGUCGAAGUUCCUCACGAUGAAAGCCAAAGUUGAUAUCGCGGUGAAACAGAACGUUGAUUUGGGCCGCGAGAGAUUUGGAACCGUGCUUCUUGGUAAUCCAGGAACUGGCAAGACGACGGUAGCCCGACUGUACGCAAAAUUCCUAGCAGCAGUGGGAAUCAUCCCCGGCCACACAUUCAUCGAGACAACGGGUAGUAAGUUAUCGAAUGAAGGUGUUUCGCAAUGCCAGAAGACAAUCGAGCAGCUACUCAAAGAAGGCGGAGGGGUCAUGUUUAUUGACGAAGCUUACCAAAUGGUACAAAGCAGCAAUUUUGGCGGUCACCAGGUACUUGACUUUCUCUUAGCUGAAGUUGAGAAUCUCACUGGCAAAAUUGUGUUUGUUCUUGCAGGAUACCAACGUCCGAUGGAAAAAUUCUUCGCUCACAACCCUGGACUACCGAGUCGUUUCCCUCAUGAACUGAAAUUCGAGGAUUUCGACGACUCGGAGCUGAUGAUGAUCAUCCAGAAGUGGAUUGAGAACACAUGGAGGAUGCAGAUGAAAGUUGAUGGCGGGCUGGAUGGACUUUACUGUCGCAUUGUCGCACGACGAAUUGGGCGCAGGCGGGGCCGAGAGGGGUUUGCAAAUGCAAGAGCUGUUGAAAAUGCCAUGGCAAAGAUCACUGAACGACAAACUGAGCGACUGAUGCAACAAAGACGACAUGGAGAUUCGCAGAUUGACGACUUCUUCCUACACAGAGAGGAUCUGAUCGGCCCAGAUCCUUCUCAAAAUCUCAAAUCAUCGAAGGCGUGGCAAAAGCUGCAAAGUAUGAUUGGUUUAGCCGCGGUUAAAAGCACCGUCGAAAGUCUUAUAGACACAGUCCAAUACAACUAUCGUCGCGAGAUACUUGAGCAACCAGUGGUUGGCUACAGUCUCAACAAAGUCUUCCUCGGAAACCCCGGAACUGGCAAAACGUCAGUCGCAAAGAUAUAUGGUCAAAUCCUCGUGGACAUGGGGCUUUUAUCAAAUGGUGAAGUUGUUGUGAAGAACCCCUCCGAUUUUGUCGGGAGUGUAAUUGGGGAGUCUGAGAAGAACACGAAAGGUAUCCUCGCAGCUACUUUGGGAAAGGUCCUUGUCAUAGACGAAGCCUACGGACUCUUCGCGGGAGGAACUUCCGACGGCACAGGAACCAAAUCGGACCCAUAUAGGGGUGCUGCGGUUGACACCAUAGUAGCUGAUGUCCAGAGUAUACCCGGGGAUGAUCAAUGUGUUCUACUUCUGGGAUACAAAGACCAGAUGGAGCAGAUGUUUCAAAAUGUCAAUCCUGGUCUUAGUCGGCGUUUCCCAAUUGAUCAGGCUUUCAUUUUCGAAGACUUCACGGCACAUGAGCUGGAUCUUAUUCUUGAUCUCAGACUGGUGCAGCAGGGAUAUGGGAUCACUGAUCAGGCUCGCCUGGUCGUUUUGGAGAUGCUUGAGCGAGCUCGGAAUCGACCACAUUUUGGUAAUGCGGGGGAAAUUGACAUUCUACUCAACGCAGCCAAAAUGCAUCAUCAGAGGCGCGUUUCUUCGAAUAAGCCUAAGGGCCAGUUCCUUGAUUCUGUUUUGGAUGCUGUUGAUUUUGAUGAAAACUUUGAUCGUGCAGAAAAAAGCGAAAACAGUGUUGCGAAGAUGUUUGAAGGGGUGGUUGGCUGUGAAAGCAUCAUUUCUACGUUUGAGGGAUAUCGACAGCUGGUGAGGAACAUCAAGGCGCUGGAAAUGGAUCCUCGUGAACAAGUGCCAUUCAACUUUGUGUUUCGAGGGCCCCCAGGGACUGGGAAAACAAGUACAGCUCGAAAGAUGGGCCAAAUAUACUACGAUUUGGGACUCUUGUCUUCAAAUGAGGUCAUCGAAGCGUCUGCUACAGAGCUAGUGGGUCAGUAUGUCGGGCAUACAGGGCCGAAAACCCAGAAAAUGCUGGAACGUGGUCUUGGAAAGGUACUCUUCAUAGACGAGGCAUAUCGCCUUGCUGAGGGUCACUUUGCCAAAGAGGCCAUAGACGAGCUUGUCGAUUGUAUCACAAAGCCCAGGUUUUCCCGCAAGCUAAUAAUCAUUCUGGCUGGCUAUGAUGCAGAUAUUAACCGCCUGAUGUCCAUGAACCCUGGUCUAACCAGUCGUUUCCCUGAAUCUAUUCAGUUUAGGUCUCUUUCCGCAAGAAAUUGUAUUCAGUUACUGAAGGAGCUUCUAGAAAGAAAGAAGGUGGUCAUUCUCAACAAGUCAAGAGUGGACUUCGACAUCACCUGUCUGUACGAUCUAGAUUCUGAUCUCACUCAGAAAUUGACGGAUGGAUUUGACAAAUUGUCCAAAACUUCAAGCUGGGCUAACGCUAGGGACAUUGAGACACUAGUGAAAGCGAUAUUUGGAGAGACCUUGAAGAAACUAGGCACUUUUGGUGUAUCAAAUCUGGUCUUGAAUGGAGAGACAGUGCUCGGAGAGCUUGAGGACAUGAUCAAUGAGCGCCACAGUCGCGAGCAGUUCCAGAAACAAUGUUCCGCAAAGGACCAGAACCUGGGGAAGGUCCCAUCAUUGCGUAUCCAAUCGUCGGAUCCACCAACGAGGAACAUCGAAAGCCAGAGCCUAAUAUCGGGCAUGAAACCCAACAGCAGGGCAGGUUCGCCAGUACAAGAUCAGAAGAAGCAACAGGUUCCUGUCCCGCAGCGCGACGCAGGUGUCACGGACGACGAUUGGAAUAAAUUACAGAAAGCCAAAGAGGCUGCUGAAAAAAAGGAAAAUUACUUGCAGAUGAUAGAGAAGGAGGAAGUGAAACAAAAGGAGUUACUGAGACUGAAAGAAGAAGGUCAAGCGGUCAGGGCAGCUGAAGAAGCGAAAGAGCAGCAAAAUGAGGAAUUGAGGAAGCGCCUUGAACAAGAACAAUUGCAGCUUGAAAUUGAACGAAGGCGGCAGGAAGCGAUCACAAGAGAACUUGAGACCAGGAGAAAAGACUUAGCUGAAGCCCGCCGCAAGGAGCAAGCUAUUCAGGUGAAACUCCGCAGCAUGGGAGUUUGUGUUCAAGGCUAUAAGUGGAUCAAACUUCCUGGCGGGUAUCGAUGUGCAGGAGGCAGUCACUGGGUAGCAGACGCCCAACUCUAA